UUCUCUUGCCAGAUGCCGGUGCAGCUAACGACAGCCCUGCGUGUGGUGGGCACCAGCCUGUUUGCCCUGGCAGUGCUGGGUGGCAUCCUGGCAGCCUAUGUGACAGGCUAUCAGUUCAUCCACACAGAAAAGCACUACCUGUCCUUUGGCCUGUAUGGUGCCAUCUUGGGCCUGCACCUGCUCAUUCAGAGCCUGUUUGCCUUCCUGGAGCACCGACGCAUGCGGCAGGCUGGCCGGCUUCUGAAGCUGCCCUCUCCGCCGCGGUCCUCGGUGGCACUCUGCAUCGCUGCCUACCAGGAGGACCCUGACUACUUGCGCAAGUGCCUGCGCUCGGCUCAGCGCAUCGCCUUCCCAGACCUCAAAGUGGUCAUGGUGGUAGAUGGCAAUCGUCAGGAGGAUGCCUACAUGUUGGACAUCUUCCACGAGGUGCUGGGUGGCACUGAGCAAGCCGGCUUCUUUGUGUGGCGCAGCAAUUUCCAUGAGGCGGGUGAGGGCGAGACAGAGGCCAGCCUGCAGGAAGGCAUGGGCCGUGUGCAGGAUGUGGUGCGGGCCAGUACCUUCUCAUGCAUCAUGCAGAAAUGGGGAGGCAAGCGCGAGGUCAUGUACACGGCCUUCAAGGCCCUUGGCGAUUCGGUGGACUACAUCCAGGUGUGUGACUCCGACACUGUGCUGGAUCCCGCGUGUACCAUUGAGAUGCUCCGCGUCCUGGAGGAGGAUCCCCAAGUAGGGGGAGUCGGGGGAGAUGUCCAAAUCCUCAACAAGUAUGAUUCAUGGAUCUCCUUCCUGAGCAGUGUGCGGUACUGGAUGGCCUUCAAUGUGGAGCGGGCCUGCCAGUCUUACUUUGGCUGUGUGCAGUGUAUCAGUGGGCCCCUGGGUAUGUACCGCAACAGCCUCCUCCAACAAUUCCUGGAGGAUUGGUAUCAUCAGAAGUUCCUAGGCAGCAAGUGCAGCUUUGGGGAUGAUCGCCACCUCACCAAUCGCGUCCUGAGCCUUGGCUACCGGACUAAGUACACAGCACGCUCCAAGUGCCUCACAGAGACCCCCACCAAGUACCUCCGGUGGCUCAAUCAGCAGACCCGCUGGAGCAAGUCUUACUUCCGGGAGUGGCUCUACAACUCUCUCUGGUUCCAUAAGCACCAUCUCUGGAUGACCUAUGAAUCAGUGGUCACAGGUUUCUUUCCCUUCUUCCUCAUUGCCACAGUCAUACAGCUCUUCUACCGUGGUCGCAUCUGGAACAUUCUCCUUUUCCUGCUCACAGUGCAGCUGGUGGGCAUUAUCAAGGCCACCUAUGCUUGCUUCCUUCGGGGCAAUGCAGAAAUGAUAUUCAUGUCUCUCUAUUCUCUUCUCUAUAUGUCCAGCCUCCUGCCAGCCAAGAUCUUUGCCAUUGCUACCAUCAACAAGUCUGGCUGGGGCACUUCUGGCCGAAAAACCAUUGUAGUGAACUUCAUUGGUCUUAUCCCUGUGUCCAUCUGGGUGGCAGUCCUUCUGGGGGGACUGGCCUACACAGCUUAUUGUCAGGACCUGUUCAGUGAGACAGAAUUAGCCUUCCUUGUCUCUGGGGCUAUUCUGUAUGGCUGCUACUGGGUGGCCCUCCUCAUGCUGUAUCUGGCCAUCAUCGCUCGGCGAUGUGGGAAAAAGCCAGAGCAGUAUAGCUUGGCUUUUGCUGAGGUGUGACGUAGCCUCCAAUCAGGGCGGGAAAAAGUGCAAUGGAUGAGGGAGGGAAGGGGGAUGGAAGAGAAGAUAGGGUGGGAGGGAGAAGGGAGUGCUGUGUUUUAAUUUCUUAAUGGCCUAUUGGACAAAUCUGAAGUGCAAAGAAUGACAACUGCAGUAUGGCCUGGGACAACUCUGCUUA